AUGGAAUGCAAAACGGCCAAAGAAAUGUGGACAACACUCCAAACUCACCAUGAAGGAACAAGUCGUGUCAAAGAAACAAGAAUUGACAUUGGUGUUAGAAAAUUUGAGCUAUUUGAAAUGAAGGAAGAUGAAUCAAUUGAUCAAAUGUAUGGAAGAUUCACAAUCAUCAUAAAUGAACUUAACUCGUUAGGGAAGAAAUUCUCUAUACAUGAAAGAGUGAGAAAAGUGCUUAGAUGUUUACCAAAGAGUUGGAGACACAUAGUAACAGCAAUCACAGAGUCAAAAGAUCUCACUGAGGUUAAAUUAGAAGAUCUCAUUGGAUCUUUAAAAGCUCAUGAGUCCAUUCUUCAGGAAGACAAACCUAUGAAAAACAAGAUGAUUGCAUUAGAUUCACAGACUAAAGAACGUUCUAAGAACAAAGAAGCAGUGGAGGAAGACAACAAGUUUCUUCAAGAAGAUGAUGAAGAAGAGUUAGCAUUUUUAUCCAGAAGGAUACAAAAGCUAAUGAUGAGAAGAAAUCAGAUUAAGAAGAACUUUCCACCAAGAAGAAAUGGACCUAAACCAGAAGUGGAUAUCAGCAAAAUACAAUGCUAUGGAUGCAACCAAUUUGGACACUACAAGAAUGAAUGUCCUAAACAAAAGAACUCUCCUUACAAAUCCAUGAUGGUAACCUGGGAUGAGUUGGAUGAAGUACAAGAAGCAGAAGAAGAACAAGAAGCUAAUGUGUGUCUCAUGACAAAUGCAAACAUUGAAGAGGUAACUCUAGAUCCUUGCUCAUCAUGUCAAAAAACUGAACAUCUCUUUGAUAAUCUUCUAUAUGACUCUCAAAUUCUAAAUUCUAAAAAUGGUCAACUUAGAGAUGAAGUCACUAAGUUAACCAAAGAAAGAGAUGAAUAUAAAUCUGAUAAUGAAAUAAUGAAGGGAAUGAUUAAAAAUAUGCAACUUGCACAUGAAGGACUCUCUAAGCAAAUUAAAGAACUUAGAGACAAUCAGAAAAUGAAAGAACAUUCUAUGAUUCAAAAAGAGAAUAUUAUUUUAAAACAAAAAGUGUUUAAACUUGAAAAAGACUUAACUAAGUUUGUCAGUACCACAGAAACUUUUGAAAAUAUAUUAGGAUCACAAGUUAAGCUUAGGUAG